AUGGAGGCAGCGCCGGGCGGUCUCGGGCGCUGUUCUUGCGCGUUCUGGCUCGCGGUGGCUUUCGACGCGCUCGGGCUCAUCAUAUUAUUGCUCGGCGUGUUCGGGGACUUAUUUUUCUACGACUUCUUGAUAUAUGCGGGAGCCAUCAUCAUUUUUCUGAGUCUGAUUUGGUGGGUCUUCUGGUACACGGGUAAUAUCAAGGUGCCCCCCGAGGAGCUAGAGGACGAUGUGGGUUUGCUGAAGAAGGGCAGAGGUUUGGCCGGGGUCGUGAGGAGGUUCUCCAGCCGCCUCUCGAGCGGAAUCAGAAACUCUCUCAGGAGAAGUGGGGGGCCCCGAGUUUGGAGAGAUGGCAGUCAAGCACCAGCGGCUUUUGUGAUGGGCUCUCAGGAUAAAGUGAACACUGUGUCUGCGACAGUGAGCGGAGGAGACACCCUCAGAGCAGAAACACAGGCCAUUUGA